AUGUUUAGAAUUAUAAGUCAUAAUGCCACCCAACAGGGUUUAAAACCAUCGUUAAUAUCGAAGAUUAAAAAUAUUUCAUUAGCAUCGUCAAGUCAAACAACUGCAACAACACCAGCUUCUCAACCUACUCCAUUAUAUCAGUUUAAUAGACAAAAUUCAAAUAUUGCUUCAUCGAUUCCACAAAUUAAUAACCAAAUCAAAGAUGGAGAAUCACCAAUUAAGCAUCAUUAUAAACCACAUAGGAUAUCUACAUAUACAAACAAAGAGUGGAAUAAAACUAUUAAAAAUGAAAGAGUUGUUGAAGAUGAAUACAUAAAGAGCUUUUUAAAAUUAUUAGAUAAAGAACCAGCAUUAGUGAAAAAGGAAGAUUUGUAUCAUUAUUCAAAUAAUUUAUUCACCACGGCUUUAAAUUUAAGAAGAAAUAGAUUAUCAGGUAGUAGAAAUAGAGAUAAAGAUGAUUUUAGAGGUGAUAAAGAUGAUAUAUUAGUACAAAAAGCAUUAUUACAUUUGACGGAAGUUAUUGCAGAUGGUAAAUUAAAUCAUAUAUUAAGUCCUCAUUCUUUGUUUAAAAUAUUUUCCACGUUAUUACAAUAUAGUUUAGAUAAUGAAAUUAUUAAUUUAUGGGAACAAGGAGUUUCGUUACCAGAUGAAAAAAUUGGUAAAUAUUACUUAUCACAUCAAGUUUUAUCAGUUGUUAUUCAAGUAGCUUAUAAAAGCAAAAAAUUUCAGUAUGACGAAAUAAAAAGUAUAUACGAUAUGAGUACAAAUGAAUCAGAUCAAAUUCAUCCAUUUUUAAUUGAUCAAAUGGGUCAAAUUGCCAUAAGUGAAGGUGAUUAUAAUAGAGGUUUAGAUGCAAUUGAAACUUUAAUGAAUUCAUAUGAAAAAACUCCAGGUUUUACUCCUAUUUUAGGUGGAUUAGCUCAAUUACAUUUAAGUUUCAUUGGAAAUUGUAAAGAUUUAUCAAUAAGUAAAAGAUUUUUUGAAAAAGCAUUGAAUAGUACUCAAGGGUUACCUUAUUUAGUUACACUAAAAGCUCCGUAUAUGGUUCAAUUUUUAAAAAACUGUGAAGAACAAGGUGAUUCGUUUGAUGAAAUUUUAAAUCUUUGGACUAGAAUAGCUAAAGAUUAUUAUGAUAAUGAAAAAGAUAUGACUGCAAAGAUUGCUAGUGUAAAUAAUGCAUUUUUCAAAAUAUUUUUUAAAAGAUUCCCUGAAAUUAAUGAUGAAGCAUUAGAACAAUUAAAGAUUAUAUUUCAAAAAACACCAAAAAUUGAUCAAGUAUUUUUAAAUACUUUAAUUUCACAAUUUAGUUACCAUGAUAAAGAAUUAUUUGAAGAUAUUUUAACUAGUUAUGAUAGAUUUGAUGUUCCAAAAUCACUUGUUACAGAAAGAAUUGUAUUGAAGAAAGCUGGAGAAAUUGAUUUUUCAGUUGAAGAAAUUUUAAACAAAUGGAACAAUGUUUUGAAAACUUUGGAUUCUGAAGGUAUGACAUAUAUUGCAAAUGCAGAUUGGUCAGCAAUUAGACAAGCAACCGUAUUAUCAGAAACUCAAAAAUCAAGUGAAAGAGAUGGAUUGUAUUAUUCAAUUGUUAAAGCUUAUAAAAAUUAUAUGCAAAAUGAUGAUGCUGCUUUGAAAUCAUUAAGAAUGUGGAUUAAAAUACCUGAUAUAUAUAAAGUAAUGUCAACUAUAACAUCAGAAGAAGAUCCAAUAAUUGAAAAUGAAGUUCAAAUUAUAAAACCACAAUUCAAAAAUUUAAGAGAAAAUAUAAAUUAUAGAGCAGUUACCAAAAAAAUAGUUGAUAGUAAACCAAGAUUAUUAGAAUAG